AUGUCGACCACAAUUGAGAAGAUUAAGGAGGUCGAGUCCGAGAUGGCUCGGACUCAGAAGAACAAGAACACCUCUUACCACUUGGGACAGUUGAAGGCUAAGCUUGCUAAGCUGAAGCGAGAGCUCUUGACCCCGACCAGUGGAGGUGGUGGCGGUGGUGCCGGUUUCGAUGUUGCUCGCACUGGUGUUGCUAGUGUUGGUUUCAUUGGUUUUCCCUCUGUCGGAAAGAGUACUCUGAUGAGCAGGCUCACUGGCCAGCACUCCGAAGCUGCCGCUUACGAGUUCACAACCCUUACGACCGUGCCUGGACAGGUUAUGUACAACGGUGCCAAGAUCCAGAUUCUCGAUCUCCCCGGUAUUAUUCAGGGUGCCAAAGACGGCAAGGGUCGUGGUCGUCAGGUCAUUGCCGUGGCCAAGACCUGCCAUCUCAUCUUUAUUGUUCUCGAUGUGAACAAGCCCUUGGUCGACAAGCGGGUCAUCGAGAAUGAAUUGGAGGGCUUUGGUAUUCGGAUCAACAAGUCGCCUCCCAACAUCAACUUCAAAAAGAAGGAGAAGGGUGGUAUUGCGAUCACCAGCACCGUUCCCCUGACGAACAUUACCCCCGAGGAAAUUAAAGCCGUCAUGAGCGAGUACAAGAUCACUUCCGCCGAUAUCGCCAUUCGUUGCGACGCGACCAUUGAUGACUUGAUUGAUGUUUUGGAAGCCAAGAGUCGAAGCUACAUCCCCGUUGUCUAUGCGCUCAACAAGAUUGACGCCAUUUCUAUUGAGGAGUUGGAUCUUCUGUACCGAAUUCCUAACGCUGUCCCCAUCAGUUCCGAGCACGGCUGGAACGUCGACGAAUUGCUGGAGAUGAUGUGGGAGAAGCUUAACCUGCGCAGAAUUUACACCAAGCCCAAGGGCAGGGCACCCGACUACUCAGCACCUGUUGUUCUGCGUGCUGGUUCAUGCACCGUGGAAGAUUUCUGUAACCAAAUUCACCGCACGAUCAAGGAACAAUUCAAGCAUGCCAUUGUGUAUGGCAAAUCUGUCAAGCACCAGCCUCAGCGUGUUGGUCUUGCGCACGAGCUGGGUGACGAGGAUAUUGUGUCUAUUGUUAAGCGGUAA